AUGUGCCACAUUGGUACUUCAGAAGAAAAACAAAAGUCUCUUGUCAAAAUUAUUCUUGAUAAUUACAAAUAUAUUGCGACUGGAGAUCAUCAUUCUAUGAUGAUCAAUAAUAAAAAUAAGAUGUAUACUUGGGGAUUUGGUGGAACUUAUGCUUUCAGAAAUCAAAAUGAAAAUAAUGAAUUAUUACCAUUCGAACUUGAAUGUGAAGAGUUUGGAAAAAUUAUAGAAAUUGAGAAAGGUAGUCAAUAUUCAGCUAUAUUAUCUAGUUUUUAUAAUUGA